CUGGUUUUAAAGAACUAAAAAUGAAAACUUCUCGUGUCCCCGAUAAAUAGAGUUUCCUCUUUCCUCUCCUUUCCUUUGGAUUGGUUUUCUUCCUCUUAUGGUGAUGUCCUUUCUUCCUUCAUGCGGGGGAGGUCGACGGAUGUUUGCUUUUCUUCCCUUUUCUGAGAGUUUGAUUCUGUUGUUGUGGCGGAGAUUGGUUAGUUUGAUUUUUUGAGGAUUUUCGGGUGGUUGGUAUUGGGAGAUGGAACCAAUUCUGAGAUCGGGUAGAUCUUUGGAACUCGGCAGGAGGAACUGGUUGUUUGGUGGAUAUUAGUUUUUCGUCUUCUUUUCUCUUCUCGUUAAGUUUUGUCACGAGAUAACCGAGGGCAUGAUUGUGGAGCACUGAAAGUAUGGGGUGGCUAAGCAAGAUAUUUAAAGGUUCUUCAAGUCAUAAAAUAUCCGAGGGUCAAUAUCAAGGAAUUCUUGGGGAUGAUAAAGUAUGGGAUCCACCAUCACAUUCUGUGGAUAUCCAGUCUCAGUAUGAAAAUGAGGAUCUUGAUCACGCCAUUGCACUUUCACUUGUAGAAGAAGAAAAACGGAAGGAAAAUGGAAUUGAAAAUGAUUCUCAUCUGGAGGAAGAUGAGGCACUUGCAAGGGCCCUCCAAGCCAGUCUGGACAUGGAAUCACCUCCACAGACAAAUGAUAAUAGCACUUUGUAUCAGCCUCCACCAUAUCCUUUUCUGACAGGAUUCAGAAUAUGUGCUGGGUGCGACAAUGAGAUAGGUCGGGGUCGCUUUCUUAGUUGCAUGGGUGCAGUCUGGCACCCAGAAUGUUUUCGUUGUCAUUCGUGUAACCAACCUAUAUCUGAAUUUGAGUUUUCUAUGUCAGGCAACUAUCCUUAUCACAAAUCAUGCUAUCGAGAGCUUUAUCAUCCCAAGUGUGAUGUCUGCAAGCAGUUUAUUCCAACAAACAGAGCAGGUCUGAUUGAAUUCAGGGCUCACCCAUUCUGGGGACAGAAGUAUUGUCCAUCACAUGAGCUUGACGAUACACCAAGAUGCUGCAGUUGCGAACGUAUGGAGCCACGGGAUACACAAUACAUUUCACUAGGUGAUGGCAGGAAGCUCUGUUUGGAGUGCUUAGAUUCUGCAAUCAUGGACAAUGACGAAUGUCAACCCCUUUACCUAGAAAUACGGGACUUUUAUGAAGGGUUAAACAUGAAGGUGGAACAGCAAAUCCCAUUGUUACUAGUUGAGAGGCAGGCACUAAAUGAGGCCUUGGAAGGAGAAAAGCAAGGACAUCAUCACUUGCCUGAAACCAGAGGGCUUUGCCUCUCUGAGGAGCAGACAGUCAGUACGAUUUUGAGAAGGCCUAGAAUAGGAACAGGAAACUCUAUUAUCGAUAUGAUAACAGAGCCGUACAGACUAAUUCGCCGUUGUGAAGUGACGGCUAUUCUCAUCUUAUAUGGGCUUCCAAGAUUGUUAACAGGUUCAAUCUUGGCACACGAGAUGAUGCAUGCUUGGUUACGACUUAAUGGAUACAGAACUCUCAGCCAAGACGUGGAAGAAGGGAUUUGCCAAGUGCUGGCUCACAUGUGGCUAGAAUCGGAGAUCAUGUCAGGGUCUGGAAGUAAUGGAGCAUCCACAUCAGGAGCAGCUUCAUCUUCAUCGUCGUCAUCAUCUUCAUCAGCCACAUCAAAGAAAGGUAUGAGAUCCCAAUUUGAGAGAAAACUCGGAGAGUUUUUUAUCCAUCAGAUUGAAUCAGAUUCUUCAGCAGCAUAUGGGGAUGGAUUCCGAGCUGGUAAUCAAGCUGUGCUUCAAUAUGGGCUUAGACGAACAUUGGACCACAUUCGGAUGACUGGCAUGUUUCCGUGCUAAAAAUAUUUAUACUGCACAGUUUUCUAUUUUACCACUGCUCCUCUGCUUAGCCCGCAUAUUUAUCGGGGUUUAGUAGCAUAGCAGCGGUUAUUGGAAUAUGAUUAUUGUUAUCGUUUGAGAAAAAUAAAGGAAAAGCCAGGUUUUGCCA